GUCUGACAAGUCGUCAUAGCCAGUUGUAGUAUCUGUUUAAACCUCCGCCACGGCAACGUUCGGCUGGCAUUUCUUCGUGAAAAUCAGUCGUUCAACCUCGCAAUGAACAGUACAUGUUAUAAAUAUUGAUUGAAGUUGUAAAUUAUGCGUGGAAGUAAGAAUUGAGUGAGAUAUUUAGGUCGUGACGACUUGUGGGGGUGACGACUCAGCCGGGAUGGAUAGUAGUCUUGGGAUAGCCACUUGCUUAUAUGCGGUAGUUUCAGCUUUCCCGCGCCACUGGGCCGACGGCAAAUACAAUAAUUGAUCGACUCGCUCUCGCCAACUUCUACCAUGGAUAUCUCCUACAGUUCGUCAGCGGCCCAAGUCAUUGAGAACACGUCGACCGGCAUUGAAGAUACAUCUGUCGAGCGUCCUCUAACACCUGAACCAGUCCAGCGCUCACAACCAGAGUCGAGCAAUGACCGGAACCAGCAGCCUUCGCUACAAGAAAUCCUUCAAAUGACAUCUACCACAGUCAACUUCAUAUCAACCAUCACAACACUCUUCAACGAGAAAGGGGAGCAGAAUUUGUGCUUCCGAGAAGAGCUCAGACGAAAAAACAUUCUCAUCGCGAUGAAUGCACACGCCUGGGCGAGUGCGAGGCUCGUGCACGAACACAAAGUCGCAGGAGACACGCUGGGAGCCGGCAUUCAGAAACUUUUGAAAGACGAAGAGAAUCAAGGCAGGUCAUCUCACCCCGUUUUCAGGUCAACGUUUGAUCGCAUACGCGCACAUUUGUCGGAGAUGUUUGAAGCCAUCAACAACACUGUCGCUAGCUUGACGGGGCUCAGUUGAGAUCGGGCGUCAUUGUUACUGUCCGAUAUGGUGCGCCGCCUGUGUCCGUUAGGUACCUUGUUAAUAGCUCUGCCCAAUUCGAACUGGUCUUGUUGUAUUAUUCUUGAAGGUCGCACUUGAUGCACUGAUAUAUCGAUCUGAUGAUAUCCAUGCAGUGCUAGCACAGGUGCUAUCGCUCAGUUAAUCCAAAACCGCUCCAUUUGAUAGUACACGGCGGCGAAUUUCUGAUGGCACCGCCCACCACUGUCAAGUCUGUUUAGAUUCAUAAUGAAGCCACUCUUGCCGCUUCGGCUUGAUGUGACUGCCUGCGCAUUUACUCAUACAUCCUAUUUCCCACUCAUGUGAUAUCUUGAUGUUUCUUCUCCGCCAAACAAUUUAAGUUGGUGAUUCGGGGAGAAGUGCUGCAGGAGGUUUUCUGCUAAUAGUCAAUUUUCGACGUUGAGCGACAGAAUUUGCACUGCGCAUGGGAGUUCCCCAUUUUUACAGAAAAUCUGG